AUGGACACUUUCAGUACCAAGAACCUGGCUCUGCAAGCUCAGAAGAAGCUUUUGAGCAAGAUGGCGUCCAAAAACAUGGCCAGCAUCUUCAUUGAUGACACCAGCAGCGACAUCCUGGACGAACUGUACCGGGUCACCAAGGAGUACACGAGGAACCGCAAGGAAGCCCAGAAGAUCAUCAAGAACCUGAUCAAGAUGGUCAUGAAGCUGGGCGUCCUCUACCGCAACGGACAGUUCAACGCGGAUGAGCUGGCCCUCAUGGAUCGCUUCCGGAAGAAGUUGCACGCUUUGGCCAUGACCGCCGUCAGCUUCUACCAGAUAGACUUCACCUUCGACCGGCGGGUCCUGUCCAGCAUGCUGAAGGAAUGCUCCGAGCUGCUCCACCAGGCGGUCAACACCCACCUGACAGCCAAGUCCCACUCGCGCAUCAACCACGUCUUCAACCACUUUGCGGACUACGAGUUCCUCUCGGCCCUCUACGGGUCGUCCGAGCCUUACCGCACGCACCUGCAGAGGAUCUGCGAAGGGCUCAACCAAAUGCUCGACGAAGGGAACAUCUGA